AGGCGUUAGUCGUUCAACAGCGCUGAUCGAGUUUAAAUCUAUAGCGAAAUGAGCGGCGGAAAGUGAGCCACUUGGCGUGAACCCAAAGCUUUCGAGAAAAAUUCUCGGGCCACCAAAAAAAUACAGAAAAAGUAUCUGACUGAUUCGCGACGUGAGGCGUGAAGAUACCCCCAAAAGAUCUCAGUGCGGAAACAAAGAAAUUGAGGCAUUUGAGGUUGUUGUGCGCGAGUGUGUGUCUUCUGCUGGGUGUGUGGAAUGUCAACUGACGGGUUGUAAAGGGAAACCCUGAAAUCCGAACAGCCAGCCAAAGCAAAUAAAGCUGUGAAUACGAAAUAAGUACAACAAACAGAUACAGAUACAGAUACAGAUAGAGAAACAGAUACUGGAGAUGCCCCCAGAUACGGUUUGAAAACAAAGUGCGUGAGUGUCAGUUGGAAAAUAUGUGGAUAACCUGCGAAUCGUCAGCCGAAGGAGCCGCCGGGUGACAGGUGUAUCCGCCAGAUACCCAGCUCCAGAUCCACAUCCAGAUCCCAGAUCCUAACCCCAGGGCUCUUUCAGGGUGUCAUGUGCCGCGGCAUUUCGAUCCCAGCCACAUCUACCGACCAGGUGCGCCUCGAAUGCGGCAACACUAUUUUCAACAAGAACUCGAUCUACUUCAUCUACAAUUAUCGAAGGAAAACAGUAACAGUAGCCGACAUCCCUAUCAGAUAUUUACACAAGCGUGAUUUAUUUGAAAAGCGAAACGGCCCGAGCGCCAUAAACAUCUGUAAAUUGUGCAAAUAUAUCCAAGUGUAACCGAAAGCCGCUCGCCGCGAUAACGGAUCCCAUUCCCAUUCCGAAUUCGAUUUCGAUUCAGAUUCUGAAUUCCCCGAUCCAAUCCCGUCAUAAAUUCAGUGGAACGAAAAGUGUACGAGACAGUUGGUCGCUCCUAUUUUGCUUGCUUUCCGGGCGAUCCAUCACACGGCUUUCGAAUUAAUAACCGAACACAUGUCGUAUCGAUAUUCGACUUGAGCGAUACGGGCACCCGGAGAUCCAAUAUCAAGCGAUACCACUCGACCAUAGGAAACUUUAUAAGACUGAGAGUUGCAAGCGACCAUGCGCGCAUGGCUUCUACUCCUCGCAGUGCUGGCGACCUUUCAGACGAUCGUUCGAGUUGCUAGCACCGAGGAUAUAUCCCAGAGAUUCAUCGCCGCCAUAGCGCCCGUAGCCGCUCAGAUUCCGCUAGAAGGAUCAGGAUCAGGUUUGGGAUCAGGAUCAAUAUCACGAUCUGAUUCCAACAGAUCGGACGGAGCAUCAACCAGCACAGCAUUAGCAAAAGCAUUUAAUCCAUUUAACGAACCCUCCUCGUUCAGUGAUAGUGAUAAAAGCCAUCUGAGUAAAAACAAGCACAACAAAAAAGCACAUAGCAACAGUGACGCGAACAAUCGACAGUUCAACGAAGUGCAUAAACCAAGAACAGACCAAUUAGAAAAUUCCAAAAAUAAGUCUAAACAAUUAGUUAAUAAACCCAACAACAAAAUGGCUGUCAAGGAGCAGAAGAACCACAAGAAGAACCAUGGCCACCACCACCAGCGGAGCCAUCAGCAGCAGGCCCAAAAGGCGGCAUCCUCAUCCACAGAAUCUCAUCAAUCGUCGAUUGAAUCAAUCUUCGUGGAGGAGCCGACGCUGGUCCUCGAUCGCGAGGUGGCCUCCAUCAAUGUGCCGGCCAACGCCGGGGCCAUCAUCGCCGAGCAGGGCCCGUCCACCUACAGCAAGGAGGCGCUGAUCAAGGACAAGCUCAAGCCGGACCCCUCCACUCUAGUCGAGAUCGAGAAGAGCCUGCUCUCGCUGUUCAACAUGAAGCGGCCGCCCAAGAUCGACCGCUCCAAGAUCAUCAUCCCGGAGCCGAUGAAGCGGCUCUACGCCGAGAUCAUGGGCCACGAGCUAGACUCGGUCAACAUCCCCAAGCCGGGACUGCUGACCAAGUCGGCCAAUACAGUGCGAAGUUUUACACACAAAGAUAGUAAAAUCGACGACCGAUUUCCGCACCACCAUCGGUUUCGGCUGCACUUCGACGUGAAGAGCAUUCCCGGCGACGAGAAGCUGAAGGCCGCCGAGCUGCAGCUGACGCGGGACGCCCUCAGUCCGCAGGUGGUGGCCAGGACGUCGUCGGCGAACCGGACCCGCUACCAGGUGCUCGUCUACGACAUCACGCGGGUGGGAGUGCGUGGCCAGCGGGAGCCGAGCUAUCUGCUGCUGGACACCAAGACGGUCCGGCUGAACAGCACGGACACGGUGAGCCUCGAUGUCCAGCCGGCCGUGGACCGGUGGCUGGCGAGUCCGCAGCGGAACUACGGACUGCUGGUGGAGGUGAGGACGGUGCGGUCCCUGAAGCCGGCGCCCCAUCAUCAUGUGCGCCUGCGCCGCAGCGCGGACGAGGCGCACGAGCGGUGGCAGCACAAGCAGCCGCUCCUGUUCACCUACACGGACGAUGGGCGGCACAAGGCGCGCUCCAUCCGGGAUGUGUCUGGUGGGGAAGGAGGCGGAGGCGGUGGCAAGGGCGGCAGGAACAAGCGGCAACCGAGGAGACCGGCUCGCCGCAAGAACCACGACGACACCUGCCGGCGGCACUCGCUGUAUGUGGACUUCUCCGACGUCGGCUGGGAUGAUUGGAUUGUGGCACCACUGGGCUAUGAUGCGUACUACUGCCACGGAAAGUGCCCCUUCCCGCUGGCCGACCACUUCAACUCCACCAACCAUGCGGUGGUGCAGACCCUGGUCAACAACAUGAAUCCCGGCAAGGUGCCAAAGGCGUGCUGCGUGCCCACGCAACUGGACAGCGUGGCCAUGCUCUAUCUCAACGACCAAAGUACGGUGGUGCUGAAGAACUACCAGGAGAUGACCGUGGUGGGCUGUGGCUGUCGAUAGAUUCGCGCACCAUCGCACCAUCGUGCCAUCCGCUUUUCCAAAUUUUCUAGAUUGGAAAAGGCAAGGAAAUCGCGAGCGAGAGAGCAUCAAAUGCUGUUUGGUUCCAAGCCGUCAAUGCUUUAAACACAACGCAAACAAAAUGGACUGAAUAUUUGAAUUUUAAGUGUAAAUCGUUAGACUUUAAUCGUAUAAAAAAAGGCGGCAGCCACGCCCACCCAUCUACCCAACACAAAAACAAAAAAAUAAGGAAGAAGAAAACCGCCCACCUUGGAGCCUCUGUCGAUUUCCCCAGCCAGGCUGGGGAAAAAUCCUAGAUCAGAGCGAUUUUGAGAGAGAGCAGAGUCCACUGUAUAUAGCCGCCAUGCCACGCCCCCAACCCGCCCAUCCGUCAGAUACUUCAGAUAUAAGAUACUUUCGUAUCUGUGUGAGCUGCUGCUGGUGAAGAAGGAGGAGAAGGAGUAGAAGAAGAGGAGUACGUGUAAGAGUAAAUCGACCAAUUGAACAAAUUGUAUAAAAAUGCUAAUAUAAUAUAUAUUUUAAACAACUAUAUCGAUGCGAACUGGUAUCUAUUGUAUGUAUGUAUGUGGAAAGGAGACCUAUUCUACUAGCCGUUUUUUGUUAAUAAUUUUAUAAAGCAAUAGCAAUCCAUUUGUAAAUUAACUAGCGAGAGUAUAAUCGAAUAAUGACUUGAAAUUACUUAGGAACUAUCGGUCCUAAACACAUAGUUAUAGA